AAGUAAUGAGGAUUUUUGUUAACCAUCAUUGUUGUUAGAAUAUAUCAGGAUAAGUGAGCAGAUAAGGUAGAAGGAAAGGAAAGAAGGAUGAUGGCACUAUCAGUGAGCAGCGUGGUGAAGAGUCUCUACUUCUCUGGCAAUCACAGCCGCAACCACAACCGCAAUCACGGCCCCAAUCACAACCACUCCUUGAAACACAACAAACAACAUUCAUUUUCGGUUUCGGCCUCUCUAAACCCAUCGCCGUACAUUCCCAAAUCCAAACCCCCACAGCAGCAACAACUCUACCAACCCUUCCGACCACCGCCUUCGCCGCUCCCCUCGCAGUUUGCCACCCUCGACACCGCUGGCCGCAUAGAAGUUCUCGCCAACCGCCUCGGCACAUGGCAUGAGUACGCUCCCCUUAUCUCCUCUCUCAUCCAAGAUGGCUUCACCCCUCCCUCCAUUGAAGAGCUCACCGGUAUAUCCGGCGUCGAGCAGAAUCGCCUCGUCGUCGCUGCUCAGGUCCGGGAGUCACUCCAGCAGUCAAAUACUGACCCCGACGUCCUUUCUGCCUUCGAUACUAGCGGCGCUGAGAUUCUCUACGAGAUCCGCCUCCUCAGUGCCUCCCAGCGCUCUGCAGCUGCCCGUUACAUAGUGGAUAAUAAGUUCGACGGAAAGGGCGCUCAGAAUUUGGCGCGCGCUAUGAAAGAUUUCCCUGGCAGGAGAGGGGAGAAGGGUUGGGAGAGCUUCGAUUACACUCUUCCCGGAGAUUGUCUCUCUUUCAUGUAUUACCGGCAGAGCAGGGAGCACAAGAACCCUUCUGAUCAAAGAACUUCUGCUUUGGAACAGGCGUUGAAGGUGGUGGUGAGGUUAAAGUACGGCGAGGUGGCGGAGGCUACCUCGGUUAUUGUGUUGCCAGUAUGCAAGGCGGAGAAGGGAGAAAAUGAGGUUAUGGAGGCACCGUUUGAGUGCAGGAGCGAGGGUGAAUUCGGGGUCGUGAGGGCAGAGAAAGCGUGGGGAAGGUGGGUGGUUUUACCCCGGUGGGAGCCGGUGGCGACCGUUGGGAGAGGAGGAGUUGUGGUUUCAUUCGUGGAUGCGAGGAUUUUGCCGUGGAAGGUGAAUAAGUAUUAUAAAGAGGAACCUAUUUUGGUAGUGGCCGACAGAAAUAACACGGAGGUAGUUGCGGAUGAUGGGUUCUAUUUGGCUAAGGUUGAUGGUCACGAUGAUUUAAUGGUUCAGAGGGGUUCAGCAUUGAAGGAGAAUGGCGUCAAGGAAAGUUUAGGAACGGUUGUAUUGGUUGUUAGACCUCCCAAGGAUGACACUGAUGAUCAACUCAGUGAUGAAGACUGGAACUGAUCCAUUCAUCAUCGUUUCAAAUUUCAGAUUUUGUUAUCAUAAUUUUACUCUAUUUGUAUAAGCUUUUUAGAUGGAUUUAGCUGUAUU